GCGUUUUUGCGUUUCGUUUCCUCUUUUUCCUGAGCCGGCCAGCCAGCAACAACCCAUCGACAACCAACCCACCAGACGACGAACCGUCAGCAGCAUAGAGAAGCGUGCGUGUGCGUCCUCGAUCGUUAGACGACAGAUCCCCGAAUCGACCUGCUGGCACGGGCUGCGACCGCCCGACGCUGACCCGGACAGGCACCGGAAGCGCUUGACUCAACAGCACCGCCUAUCGCGGCUGGGAGUCCCAGGGUAGAGCCUGCAUCGAGAGCAAUACUAGCCAGGACAGCAGCGCCAUGGCCGAAUUCAACGGGCGUCGUGCGCCCAACUUCUCGCAGUAUCUCAAUGAGCUGAACACCCUGCCCUCGCCCUUCGAGCAGACAGCACAGCCAGACGAUCUGGGGUUCGAUGUCGACGCCGAACUCGCUCUGUUCACGAACGCAGAGUUCCUCGAUUUUGACCCGGCUGGAAAUGUCGGCGGCAUAGACGAACAGCAGCUUGUCUCUUCGGGGACCGUGAGCCCUGCGAACGGACGGCAGGAUAUGAACUACGUGGGGAUUCUGAAUGAUUUCAACAUCUCCAAUUUCCCUUAUUUCCAGCCCCAGCAGCCGACGGUCCCAGUCCAGUCAACUACCUAUCCAUCAACUCAGCCUCUCCCUGCCAACACAUCUCUCCCUCAGUCUACUCCUAUCUAUCAACAGCAACAGCAACAACAACACCAACAGCCGCAACCGCAACCGCAGCACCAACACCUCCAGUCACAACCACAGCUACAAGCACCACAACAGCCAGUAGUAACUCAAUCACAGCCGGCCAGUGUUCCGGCCAAAAGGAAGUCUGAUGCCACCACUACUUCAGAGGCGGACCGUCUAGCCCAAGAAGAAGACAAACGCCGGCGCAACACCGCUGCCAGUGCCCGUUUCCGCAUCAAGAAAAAGGAACGUGAGAAGAACUUGGAAAAGACUGUAAAGGAUGUGACGAGCAAGAACUCGGCUCUCGAGUCCCGCGUCAGCCAGCUAGAGAUGGAGAACCGAUGGCUCAGGAACCUCAUCGUCGAAAAGAACGGAUCUGCCAUCAGUGAGGGGGAUCUAUCUGGCAUGUUCGAUAAGUACCAAGAGGCCACCGGACAGCAUCAGAACCAAAAACAGGCCUCGACGGCAAGUCCUAGCUUAGAACUCAAGUCUUCCCCUUGAAUCUUAUGUGAUGGGAUGGUUCUAUUUAGGAAUACGACGGUUGCGCUCCUCUCUUACUUACCCGCCCCCUCCCCGCACUCCAUCAUCGGGCCACCGUUACCAAGUUCUCCCUUUUAUUGCUAUUUAUCUAUCUUUCUGUUUCUCCCACUUAUCAAUUCUCAUCUGUAAUCUUGAUAUUGCCUUUCCUUUUUGUCUUUUUUAUAUCCUGUUGGUGGGCUCCAUCUCCCUGCCUCACCGACUGCUCGGUGGUUGAACCAAAAGCGACCUAUGAACCAUUAACUGCUGCAUACAGUUCAGCGGCACCCAGUCUACAAGGAUGCCUUCCAAAGGGCAUGUCGUGGGGAAUACACUGUCCCCUACCCUUCUUGGCUUAUAUCUUGGUUGUUGGUGGCCGAAAACGGAGCAGGGCUACGUAUGGAUGGCCGGUGAUGAUAAUGUUGACGAUUUUCCUAGAUAAAGCUGAUGUGUGUUUCUUUUCUUGUGUGACCGUGAAACGGUCCAGAUCCUCCAUUUACAGUGCUAUAUAGCCCAGCAAGAAUAAGUAGGAGACACAAUUCCAGCUCGUGUUACUCAGUUUCUUUCUUUCGUGCGUAAGCCAAGCCAUACAGGUCUAUGAAUUCUAUAUCUUUCAAAUAAAUGCUUUAAAUCUCGCUCAUCGUAUGUACCUAUACUCAAAUGCAGGAAUAAUGUCUCCCAAGUAUAUAUACCAGUCGCCUACCCACCUACAUGAACCAGAUCCCGGCGUAAGCGUCACUACGAAAACCUCAAUCCUCUGGUUGGAUCCCAGUGUCCUGGCUUCGCUGUACCUGCCGUCGUCCCUGUGCCAGUCGCAUUACUCGAACUGGACGCCGAGGGCUCCACGACAGUCCUUGACUCCGGAUACGGAGCGACAUGUGCAUUUGGUGCGGGCGCCGGAGCAAACUUGAUGCCUACUUCGGGUGACCAAAUCCCGCCGCCCAC